AUGCGAGGCAAUGGCCAACGAAAGACUGGAAAUACUUUCAUUUCCAACCCUCAUGCAGGCAUCGAUUUUAGACAACAAUCCAACAAUCAAUACGGGGCUGUGAUUAUUCGAGUUCCAGUACCCGAGAAGAGACAGCCAGUAUUUUCUGUAUUUCCUGAACUAGAUGAAUGGGACCAUCUCGUCCAGGCAGUAUUAGUUGCGGGCACAGCUGGUUCUCAGACAGCGUUGCUUAUUGAAUUAGUGCCUUCGCAAAAUUCCGAAAAAACUUUCCACGGUGGAAGAGCCCAUGCCAUUGAGAGAAUCUGGCACAAAAUUGAAGAGGCCAAUCAAGAAUACCUGCAGCACGCCAAAGUUGCGAAAACUCAUAUAUUGUUUACGACCCCAGAAGAGCCAAUGGAAAGAGCUAGCAAGGGGACCAUCCAAAGAAAGCCAACUUUAGAUCUUCAUUCUGAGGAACUAGAUAAAUUGUACACAGAUGCUGACAAAAUGUCGACUUCGGCACCAGCAGGCAUCUCUCUUCCACAGGACGGGGUCGACCUGACCGAGAGCAACUCGAUUGCUCUGUUCAUUCACAAUAUUAUUGCACAGCUUAUAGGCACCAACUGUUUCCAAGACGGUGAUAAUCUUUUUGCCCAUGGUUUGAUAGAGUCUUUGCAAACACUCAGUUUGACGCGAGUAUUGAAACAGACUUUCGUAAUUCCGAAUUUCGAUAUCAGUACUGUGUACUCCAACCCCCAUCAGUCAACUCGCUCACAAAUGCAACCGUCCAUCUAUUCUCAUCGCAUAAAAUAA